UAAAACAGACGUUAUCCAUGUAACUAGCUACCAGUGAGGCUAUGCUAACCAAACGGUUGUAGAAGGUGAGAUUGUUUUUCAAAUCGUGUGGAAUAAAGGACCCUUUAAUAUUUUUUUUGAAGAUUGUGUUUUCUCUAAAUCACCCACAGAGGUCCUUGAGUCCAAAAUGACAUACAGGAGAGAAAGGAAUAUACGGGAGGUUUAUGAGGAUCGCUUUUUGCCAGAGAGACCGGGUCCUUACCCACGGGCAGUUGGCACAGCGGAGAGAAGGGGACCCUUUGGCAGGCCGGAGGACGACUAUGGCCGUGGCGGGUACGAAUAUGAAGCAGGUCCGCGCUUUUUUCCAAAUGGAGGAGGACCACGUAAUUAUCACGAAGACCAGAGGGGCUACCAUGGGGACAACGUUCAUUUCCCCGCUGAGCGCCGAGCCGUUCCACCUUCGAGGAGGGAGGAGUACCCUUACAGAGUGCCCAGGGAAGACCCACACGCAGGGCGACCUUUGGAGUUUGGCGCCCGUGCUCCCCCCCCUCACAGCGUGCGGACCCAGGGCAUCUACCCAGCGGCCCGAUCGCUCCCAGAGAGUGGGGAAGACACACUAGUGCAAGCCAUCCUCAACCUGGACAGAGGGGAGGACAGAGACCAAUACAGGAGAAAGGCGGUCCCCUUCCCCCCGCUCAGAGAGCGCUCUCCCGUGCGCCGCGACGCCCCCCGAUCCCCCCACAGUCGCUCCGGCUCCAGCGUCAGCAGCAGGGGCUACUCGCCGGACCGAGCCAAGACGCUGCCGUUCCCCUUACAGCAGAGCAAGGAUGUGGACGGUCCAGAGGGAGUUUCUGAGCACCAUUGGGGGGCGCUCUUUCCUCUACAGAGCGGACCUGAAACUUUGGAUAAAAUCCCCGGUCUGUCAAGAGAAGGCUCGCCACACAGCGCAACCUCAAACAAGGAGGAGAACCAUCCUCUCGAAGGAGAAAAGGAGGAGCCUCUGAUGGCUCCAGCCGUCGAGGAGAGCCAGAAAUCGUCCCCGGACGACAACGUUCAAGAGCGACGAGCCUUGGCCAUCACAGCCAAAGCGAAGGAGAUCGAGAAGUUUUUACGUCUUUUCUAUGAACGCCAACCCGGCACCGGUGUACCGGCAAGACUGCGAGACAUUUGGCAUGGUGGUGAAGAUGCUGGUGGCCAAGGACCCCAACCUGGAGAAGCAGCUGCAAGUUCCCCUGAGGGAGAACCUGGGGGAGAUCCGCGAACGUUGCCUGGAGGAACUGAACCACUUCAUCGGCGAGCUGGACGAGGUGGUCCGGCAGUCGGAACCUUCCGUCUGUGACUCGACCACCCCGUCGACGGCUCUCACGGCUCAUAAACUUUCAAAGACGGGGGUCAGUACUGGCUCGUCCUACUGACGCGUUGGCCUUCGGCUCCUCGUGAGAACUCAGCGUUGAAGGACUUCUGGAACACAAUGGAUAUCACUAAUAUGUUUGUUUUUGUUUUUUCUGGACCUGGAAUCGAUUCUACGACCGAGCCGUCUGAAGAAAAACUCUAAACGGAGUUUAUGCAGUGUUGCGUUCCGGGGGAUGAACAGUGUUGGUUUCAAACAGACUCAUUUUUUACCUUACCUGUCCUUGUUUCAAGUUGUUCAGUCUCUCAUCAUAUGGAAAUGGUUCACGUGGGUUUUGUUAUUUAAAACAAUUGUUGGUUGGUCCUGCAGCAUGAUCACACUUUUCUAAAAGGAAAGCCACAUUAGACGAUAUUGUUUUCUAAUAUGUUCGGUUGUGUACAUUUUGUAGCAGUCACAUGUAUGACUUGGUGCUGCUAAAUUUACAGUUCUAUAAAUUUGUACUGUCUGGAAA